UUGGUCGUUCUCGACGACAUUGAAUAUUGAGCGACACUCUGCUCAACAACACGAUUCGGUUUCGGGUGAAGCUCCGCAAACAUUGUGUACACGAAUUUGAGAGUUUUUACUUGAAAUGGUUCGGUGAUACGUGCUGCACGAAGGGACUGAAUUAUUUUCUGGGUAGAGUCUUUGUGUGCCACAUUUUCCUUUGUUGCUCUCGAUGGAUACCACCUCAGCUUCCCCGUCAUCCUCUGUUAUGACGGGCCCUCCCUCGCUGUGGCGCCUUGCUGAGAGGAGGAGCCGGAAGGCUGGCUCAGGAAACAUUUUCAGUAAUGUCAAUCUGUGGCAGCUUCAACGCCUGUUCAGGGCAGCAGGGGAUCAGGAUGCAGAGCAGAGGGCCCAGCUGGUUUGGGGACUUGGCGAUGAGGCUGAACUAGCUCGAGCCUUAAUAGGACUGAAGGCUCGCAGUCAAAGGAGAGGGUUGAGGGCUAAUGGGAGGGAUGCACUUGGCUCACACUGGCUACGGUCCUUCAAUCACCUCAGGAUUGGCGAGAGCUCGUCAAGCAUCCAGGGGGAGGAUGCGGACGAGGAGAGUGAUUCUGAAGCAGGAGCACAGAUAAGUUCAGAGCUCUGCACACCCACCCCUGGAGGGGCAACAGGAAGAGCAGCUACAGAGGUACGAAGUGAGAGCCAAGGUCCUGAAGGAACAUCAGAGAGACAAAUUAGAACUGGCUCAGGAGUGAGGAGGAGAGGAGAAAGCAACCCCGAGAGAUACCUCCACCAAAUACUCCACUGACCAAAAAACACAGCACGGCUAAAUAAACCUCCGAGAAACAACAUGGACACAGUUCCCGCUCCAGGUUGCACUGAAACCAUGUUUCAGGUUGAGAGAGAAUAUAACGUCUCAUACUGCCAUAACAAUGAUGAUAAUAAUAAUUGUUCUUAUGACCACUGGCACUACACCAGCAUUGCACUGUUACAUGUUAAAAGUGUAAUUUCUUCAUAUUCAGAAUAAGUCACUAACGGGCUCAAGAUCUCACAGCUUUUUGUGAUGGUUGUCUCUCAGGAACUGCCUUAUGCAUUCUGCUAAAUACCUCUUACUAAUGACACUAAUGCUGUGGUGAAAUGUGUUACAAAUGAUGUGAUUUAAGUCAGCAAUUAUAAACUAAUUUAGUUUAUCAGUGUAUGGCAAACUCAUUAUGAACAUGACCCCUUCUUUUACUAACUACAUUAUAAAUGUACUUAUUUGUGCUUCCACUUUUAGUACAAUGAAAUGCAUUGUAUGUACUUAAUGUUUAGCCAUUAUCUUGAAAAUGUGUUAAUUCCUUCAUUAUUGCAUUUACACUAAUUGGAUGCCACUAAAUAAAAACCGUUCAGACUGAGAUAUAUGUACACUUUUAUCUGCUUGUGUGUGGCAAGACUGAGCACCGCCAGAAAAAAAGGAGGGAGUCGUGUCUAACACAUGAUUGCAUCAGGAACGAUGAGUCAAAUGUCAUUUCACUGGCUGAACUUGGGCUGAAAUACCAACACCAGGACCUUUAACUUUAACUUGAUUUAAUGAUGAGACACUAUUUUCGUGUUUUUAUUUUAUAGUCCAGAGAAGAUCAGUGAUUGCGAUGUAAAUCCUGUGUCAUACAGCAGAACAGGUGGCGGAUUGCAUUAUCCUAACUGGAAUCUUUAAACCCAAUUCAAGCAAGAGUCAUUGGGAAAUAAUUUCAUAUGCAACCUUCAUUUUCACCAAAGCUUUAUUUAUUGAAAAUGACUUUUCGGUGCAUCUGCUGCAGGAACGAAAAUAACAAGGCCUUGAUGUGCACAGAAGGACAAAUUGAAAAAUUCUUAUUCAUCUCUUUUAAUAAAGGUUCAGUUUACUAUACAGACCAGCUGUAACACAAACUUCUCAAGGCUGAUGGAGACUUGAACAUCGUGACUUAGUCAGCACUACUGAAAUGAAGACAGAUUAUUAAAUAUACAUUUUGUUAACCGUUAUGACCUGAUGCAACAUACUCAUGCAUUCACGUUUGAAGCCUGGAGUGACACUCCAAUGAUGGUGUGAAUUAUUUGCACUAAAAGCAGACUAUUUUACCUCCCAACUGGUUUUUAGUUUCAGAGUUGAGAAAUACAGGAUUUUUGUGGGGAACUUUAAGUUUUCCAGAAAACCUUCAAGUUGAGGAAACAUUUUCAGACACAUUCUUACGUUAUAAAGCAUUCAGUUGUGCUCGGUUUGCUGUGUUGCCUUAUAUCAAAUGCAGACAAUUCAACCACGUCCACCCCGAGCUACAACCUGGACCAUGUAGAUAACCCUGAAGGUUAUAACUUCUUUACUUAAAUUUUUAAGUUUAUUUUGUUUUGGUUUUCUUCAUUUUUUUCUUUUUUUUAGUCUGGACUGUGUAUUUUGGGUUUUAUCGUUCUGUGUUUUAGUUACAUAUUUCCUUUUUUUUUCUUUACUUCGAAAUGGUUUCUACUUUGGUUUAUUCUGUUGGAUUUUACAUCUUCAUCUUUGUUUUACACCUGGUUUCAGCUAUGUGAUUGCACCAUGCCUGGGUUCUGUUAAUUAUUACUCCCCUCAGUAUUUGCAGUUUUCUUUGUUCUCAGUGGGAAGGUGACCAAUGCUUGAUUGUGAGCAACUAUAACAAUGUGUGAUGAAAAUAAACAUUACAAAAGAG